UUGACGGAAUCGUGUCGAGUGGAUAUUCAUAAUAAAUUCACUGACGUGGGCUUAUGUCUUUAAUUUUACAUACUAUACAUAUAUUGUGCAGCAGAAACAAAAAAUUUGUGUUACAUACUCUAGUGCUUUGUUAAAAGAAGAUAAUGACCGUAAACAAUUGCUUACAGCUUAGCCAAUGCUGGUGCUAAAAUUAUUGUAUACCAAACAUAGUUGAUAAUAGCAUCACAUUAGUUUGUAUAAUUUAUAAAAUUGAAUAACAGUGAUACUCAAAAAUUUCUUCACGGAAGAUUCAAAGUUAAAAAGUGCACUCAUAAUGAAUAAAAUUCAACAAAUUUGAAAGUAACGAUUAGAGUAAAAAUUUUCGUAUGUCAGCAUCAAAUAUAACUAAAACAUCAUUUAAUGAACGCCGGUGCUUUCGAGCAAAACCUGAAGAAGAGGAAUCUAGUUUGGGUAAUGAAGCAGAUUUGGUUAUGAGUUUAUCUCAAAAAGACAUACUUAUACCCACAGCGGCUUCUCAGCAGCAGCAGUUGGAACCACUUUUAAAACAUAAUACAAACGAUACAUCAACACAGAACUCGGUUUCUGCGGCAGCCGCUGUCGCGGUUGCACAUCACCACCAUAGUCUGUCUAGUAUUCAACAUCUUCAGAACUUGCAUACCCAGCAUCAUAGUACUAUAUUCAACAACAACCACUCAACUCCGUUUAGUGUGACUGAUAUUCUAAGUCCAAUAGAGGAAUCAUACCGCAAACUGGAAAUAAACGGUAACCCGCCAUCUCCAUUUCGGUCUAACUCAAGUGGUAGUAGUAUUAACUCCCCUGGAGCAAUUAGUACUUCAACAAUGGCGAAUCCGUAUGCUAUGGGGUCAUUGUAUCAUAGUCCGGGAGUACAAAGCUAUUGUGGACCUACAGAUAAUUUAUCAUUGGCAGGACACUACACGGAUAUGAGGGGCUCGGCUUCCUGGUAUGGAUCAACUGCAAACGAUCCCAGAUUUGCAAUAUCGCGGCUCAUGAGUUCAUCAGCUAGUGGAUCGAUGGGCCACAUGGGCAACAUGACAGGCCUAGCUGCAUGCAGCGUAAAUGAUGCAAAGCCCCUACAAUUUCCUUUGGCACAAAGACGAAAAAGAAGAGUUCUAUUUACACAAGCACAGGUUUAUGAGCUCGAGAGAAGAUUUAAGCAACAACGAUAUUUGUCGGCCCCUGAGCGAGAACAUUUAGCAAGUCUUAUUCACUUGACGCCCACACAAGUAAAAAUAUGGUUUCAAAACCAUCGGUAUAAGUGCAAGCGACAAGCCAAGGAAAAGGCAAUGGCUGAACAAAAUCAACACAAUCAGUCUGCAAGCUCGCCAAGACGCGUCGCUGUUCCAGUUUUGGUAAAGGAUGGUAAGCCGUGCCCUGGAGCAAAUAAUGCAGCACAACCACAAACGCUUAAUAAUAGCUCCACAACUUCUGGUAACAACAGCAAUAAUAGCAAUGGGAAUGCAAAUGGUGUAACUGGAACAGCUGCAGUUACAGCCAAUGUACCGAGUGUACUAAAUUUGAUCCCUGGAGAUACACCUAACUCACACUCACCUGAUACAUCUUCAUCUCUAAUAGCAAGUUACGGUGGGACAGUUGGAGGUUCCAAUGCUUCUAUGUUACAACAACCCUGCAAUAAUGCUCUUAUGUCAAAUAGCUUAGCUAUGGCUUAUCGAAACCAAAAUAAUUUUAUUUCGAAUGGUCAUCAGCAACAGUGUGGAGGUUAUUUGCCAUUGCAAGGUAGAGCAUGGUAAAAUCACCUUUAUCAUGACAUUCUUUCGGUUCUGUAGAAACGUACUCAAUUCAGUUAUAUGUAAAUUUACUGACAACAGAAAUUAAAAAAAGUUGUUCAAUUUAAUUUCAGUUUCAUAAAAUGAAAUUUUUGCUUAUAUACUAUCAAUAAUACAUAAGUUAUAAAACAAAUAAAUAAAAGUUUCCAAAAUCCUCUACAAAAUGAAU